AUGGACUCUGAACACGAGAGUGACGACGACUUUGCUCAGAACGACGACAACAGGUCCGACGACGGCUCAGAACGCGGCGGCGAGAUGGACGAUGCCACGGAGGGAGCCAUAUCGUCGUCAGCUCAGGCAACAGGACUAGAAGACGCAUCGGUGGUCAGGGUACACACACCCUUGACCCUCCAGCCCCAUGUCCUCGAUUGCAAGACUUUUGAUAUCAUACCCUUGGCUUUGGCGGUACAUCCGUGCAAUAUUUACACCUUGGCCGCGACAAAAUGUAUGCGAUGGGUGUUCACAGGAUCAGAGGAUGGAUAUGUCAGAAAAUAUGAUUUUUUCGCGUCGAUGAAUGGAAAGACUUUGCUCACACAAGGACAACGACACGGCCAGGUCGACUCUGUCACCAAGGCGGGAAUUUUGACGUCGUACUGGGAGAACGAGGAACAACCUAACAAAUCAUUACCAGUUCUUGGAGAAGACGGGUUCCCAAAUGCCACACCAGGACCCUCGGAACUCAAUCCGAACGACAUGGAUAUCGAUGUGAAAAUGAUCAAACGGGAAGGCAGUCUGGAUCGAGCCCUGACCCCUGUAGCACGAGCUGCAUCACCCUCAGAAGAAUCUAAAAUGUCGGCGGUCUACAGUUUGGAUUGUCACUCGGAGGCCAUUUUUGCAGUCUCGGGAUUGGAAAGUGGAGCAGUCAACCUCUGGACGCCCAGACAUGAGGAGGGGACAUGUCACCAUGUCUUCCGGCAACACACUGGGCCUGUCUCGGCUAUUAAGCUUACGCCGGACGAGCAAGGGUUCAUCAGUGGCUCUUGGGACCAGAGCAUUCUUCAAUGGGAUCUUAACAACGGAGCAGUGGUACGGAACUAUACAGGUCAUGGAUCUCAGAUCUCAUCGCUCUCAUUCCAACCCGCAGAAGCCCCAACUAUGACCAUGGAUUUCUCAAACUCCACCACCAAUGUCUCAAACGACGCAGUUUUGAUGUCGACAAGUGUCGACGGUAUGAUUUGUCUAUGGGACAGGAGAGACCCGACCCAGUUGCCAAGGAAACUGCAGCCACCUGAAAAGGUCCCACCAUGGUGUCUGUCUGCCUGCUGGAGUGCUGACGGCAAACGGAUCUUUUGUGGGCGCAGAAACGGAACAGUGGACGAGUGGGAUUUUGCAGAAGGCCGGUUCAUUCAGUCAAUCAAGAUGCCAGCCAAUUCUGGUCCCGUCUCCUAUGUCAAGAUGUUGCCUAAUAACAAGCAUCUCAUCUGUGCGUCGCAGGACAAUAUUCGCCUUUGGAACGUGACCGAGCUGGAUUCGAGAUCGUCUCUCAGGCCGUUCCAGAUCAUUGCAGGACACCAUGGAGGCCUCAUCUCUAGCAUUCACAUUGACCCGACCUGUAAAUACAUGAUCACGACGUCUGGAAACCGAGAGUGGGAAGGACCCAGCACAAACGGAUGUCUCUUCUAUGACAUCCAGCCCAUGCUAUAG